CUUUAACUCUUCAACCAGCUGGCACGGUGGAGCAGACAUUUUCUGCUCAGUCUUCCUUUUAGAGUUUGUUUUGGAUAGACUGCCAGGCUGGAGGGGGGGCUCGGGUCCAGUUUGCUGAGGAAGCUUUCUUCCAGGAAGUCUCACCAGCGAAACAACAGUCCUCAGCCCCAAGAGGCCAAUGAGAUGGGGGCGAAUGGAGAGGACAGUGGGCCGGGUAGGCUGAGCCGCAGACUGUCUCGUCUGGGCAGCAGGCAUCAAUCCAGGGAACAGAGACACGCGGCUCAGCCAGAAAGACCUCCUCCGCCUCCUGUUCAACAAGUAGAUGACAGGCCAGCUCCACCAGCCCCUGUUGUGGCUCCUGCUCCAGCUCCAGCGCCAACACCAGCUCCCGCCCCUCUCCCGCGACCCACUGAAAUACCACCUAAACGCCCCGACAAAGCAACAAAACCCAAGCUUCCUCCUCGGCCGCUGUCCAAGGUGUUCAGUAGCACUGAACAUGGAGCAGAUGUGUUACAGGGCUUUGAUACUUUUCGUGGAGAUGAGACUCUCUGUGAUGUUGUCUUGAUUCCUGGAGACAGCAAAGAAAAGUUCCCAGUGCACAGGGUCAUCAUGGCGUCCUGCAGUGACUACUUUAAAGCAAUGUUCACAGGAGGCAUGAGGGAGCAGGAGAUGAGAGAGAUCAAGCUGCAUGGGGUCACUAAGUUGGGCUUAAAAAACAUUAUAGACUUCAUUUACACAUCCAAAGUGAGCCUCGACAUGGGCAAUCUUCAGGACACGCUGGAGGCCGCAAACUUCUUGCAGGUCAUGCCUGUGCUGGGGUUCUGCAAUCAGCUUCUGAGCAGUGAGAUCACGAUUGAUAACUGUGUGGAAGUUGAGCGCAUUGCCACAGACUUGCUUCUGGAGGAUGUUCAGCUGAAUAUAGGUGAGUUUGUGAGCCAGAACCUCUCAGAGUUAGUGCAGUGUGGCCGCUACCUCGAGCUCUGCGAGACCAGCAUGGCCAACGCUCUGGCCAGCAACUCGCUGAAAGGUUUCUCCGAACUGGAGCUCUACCAUAUUGCAAGAGAAUGGCUGGACCACGAGCCUGCCAAACGCCGCUCUUCAGUGUAUGCCUUGAUGCGGCAUAUUCGCUUCCCGCUGAUGAGCCCCAACGAGCUGAUUCAGAUCUCCCAGGAUGACGAAGAGGAAGGCGACUCUCUGAUGCGCUCUGAGACGGCGUGUGUGAACCUCCUGCUGGAGGCUAGUAACUACCAGAUGAUGCCUUACAUGCAGCCAGCCCUGCAGACAGAAAGGACACAGAUACGGUCGGACGCAACGCACAUUCUGGUGCGGGGUGGUGUGAUGCGCCAACAGCUGGUGGUGAGCCGGGAGUUAAGGCUGUAUGACGAGAAGAGCGGCCAUUGGAGGGCCCUGAAGCCCAUGGAGGUGCCACGCUAUCAGCAUGGUGUUGCUCUUCUAGGGGGCUUCCUCUUCAUUGUUGGAGGUCAGAGUACGUAUGACACAAAGGGCAAGACAGCCAUAGACAGCGCCUACCGCUACGAUCCCCGAUUUGACAAGUGGCUGCAGAUUGCUUCACUCAAUGAGAAGAGGACUUUUUUCCAUCUCAGCGCCCUGAAUGGGAAGCUGUUUGCAGUGGGAGGAAGGAACGCCUCAGGAGAAAUUGAUACGGUGGAGUGCUACAAUCUGAAGAAAAAUGAGUGGACUUUUGUGAACAGUAUGGUGGAGCCUCACUAUGGACAUGCUGGAACAGUCCAUGGAGGCCUCAUGUACAUCUCAGGCGGCAUCACCCGUGACACCUUCCAGAAGGAGCUCUGGUGUUACGACCCUCUCAGCGAUACGUGGAGUCGACGGGCCGACAUGACAGAGCUCCGCGGCCUGCACUGCAUGUGCACUGUGGAGGACAGACUCUUCGUCAUGGGCGGGAACCAUUUCCGAGGCUGCAGCGACUAUGAUGACGUCCUGGGCUGCGAAUACUACAGCCCCGACACAGACCAGUGGACGGUGGUGUCACCAAUGCCCCGGGGACAGAGCGACGUGGGUGUGACUGUGUUCAACGGGCAGAUCUAUGUGGUGGGAGGCUAUUCCUGGAACAGCAGAUGCAUGGUUGACAUUGUGCAGAGAUAUGACCCAGAGAGGGACGUGUGGGACAGGGUGUUCAACGUGCUGGAGCCUCUGGGGGGGAUUCGUGCCUGCACAAUGACAGUUCAUCUACCAGAGGGGUCAGUGGAUGAGGCUCAGAUACAAGAUUGCCCACUUCCCACGGCUAAGUGCUGAUACCCACAGACGAGGGGGUUUCCGUAUUUUGUUGCUGUGAGACCACAACUGACAUGAUGAAAUUUACCUGCAUGCUGUGGCAAAAAAAAGGCAAAACAGGAAGCCGUGUGGGUUGCAUGUGCAAGCAAAGCAGGCUAGCUUACAUUAGCAUUCUGUAGUUUGAAGCCUUUACUCAUACUGUGCUGCUGUUAGUAUCAUUUCCUGUCCAUUCAUUUGCUACGAGCCAUGUGGCACCUGUGAUAAUCUGCUGAUUGUGUUAUGAAAAUACAUAGUGUAUAUAUUUCCUAAACGUAAGUUCAAACCCACGUUACUGAUCAGUUUUACUGGACUUGGUUUUAUUGGACACUGAGGCGAACGAGUCAGGAUUGGAAGCUAAACCAUCUCAUCAGAGAUAAAAAAGGAAUCCAACACUGAAAAAUUGUAUUAGGGCAUAAGAUUAGCAUUACGCUAAGUGCUGUUUUUGUAGUUUGUAACUCUGUUGGUUGUUUCUUUUUCAUAUAUAUAUAUAUAAAACUCAAAGGAAUUAACUAAAUGCUCUGUUUCACAAUGAUUCAUGCCAGAUUAGGUGAUUAAAAAGAACCCCACGGGUUUUGGGAAAAUUUCGGAAAACAAAGAAGUUUUUCUAUGGCACAGAGUCAUAAGAUUUCAGAUCGACUGUAGCUGCAAAAUAAAAUCUUGAGUGUGGAAUUUCCUAUUAAUCAAGCCUGUGACCAACACAAAGUCAUGCUUUCACGAGGUUGACACUGUUAAAACAAUCUCUAACGAGCAAAGAUGCCUAUUAAUGCUUUUCAUAAAGUGUAAGACAGAGAAAUCAGCCUAUAAAUCACUGUCCCAGAAGAUUCACAUGGAGUCGCUGCAGUUCACGUUUCCAUAUAUGCCUGAUAUGCAUUGUUGU